UGUUGGUGCGUUGUCGGUGAAUGGGAUGUCGUCGUCGACCUCGCCGUCCUCGUGCUCCAUGAACAUGGGCGGGAGUGUUCCCAAUGAGUCGGAUGACGAUCAGGGCCACCAGUCGGGUGUGUCCACCAAGUUCUGCUUGAAGUGGAACAACUUUGGCCGAAACGUCACAACAUCCUUCAAGACUCUGUUGGAAAACGAGGAGUUUGUUGACAUCUCACUCUCAGCUGAAGGCUCCACUCUCAAAGCCCAUAAAGUGGUGCUGUCGGCCUCGUCCUCGUAUUUUAGGGAUAUAUUACAGAGUAUCUCGUCUUGGCAACAUCCUGUCAUCCUACUGAGAGAUGUCCCUUUCUCUGAUCUCCAAGGGAUCGUUGAAUUCAUUUAUCAUGGUGAAGUGUCCAUUGAGCAAGAGAACCUGCAGUCCUUCCUUAAAACGGCGCAAGUCCUCAAGGUCAAAGGAUUGACCGAAGAGACCACGGCCACCGCGGACUCCUCGUUGUCCCAUGCGUCAACAGCCUCGACGACCAUCCAAAGUCAUAAUAAUCUCAGUGGUCAUCACUAUCCCGUGGUGAAAGAGGAAGAGGAGCCAGAAAUCCAGGGUCCUAUGCCCCGCUUAGCCCAUCCGUCAUCCUUCCCGAAUAGUGGGAAUCACAUGGUGCACCACCCACGGAAAAACGCCUACCCCAAACGAGCCAACAAGUCGGAUGUGAGCACUCACGUCGGCCGAUUGCAUGCAUCACUUUCGCCGCUUCUGGCGGCGGCCAAGGUGGAACGCAAAUUGAUUUCGUCCAGUCAAAACAGCGCAGACCGGGAAAUGAAGGAUGUCCGUGUGGAAGUGGAGGAAGAGGAAGGCGAGGAAGACGAAGAAGAAGAGGAAGAGAUCACUGGUCCUCAGGCUCGAAGUGGGGGCGUGUUUGCCGGUGAGAUUGAUGACAGAGAAGAGGAUGAGAUUGCUGCCGUUCAAACAGCUGCGGCCCUGGAGGCGGUCAAGCAGAAUUUCACCAGCAACGUGUUUCACUUCUUGAAUGCAAGCAAAUCGGCCAUGAAAGAUCUUGAUGGUGAUCAUGAGUCGGCCUUCGAUGGAUCAGCAUCUAACCCGAUGGGGCUGAUGGAAACAGACGUCCAAAAUCUCGCUUUUGGGUCACCUAAGAUACUGCGUUCCCUUGAAUCUAAUUCCCCCAUGGGGCCAGGGUCAGGUGCCCUCUCCACUCAGAAGAAGACUUGCCCGUACUGCUUCCAACAACUCUCAUGGCACGCCCUCUCGCGACACAUUCGAGACAUGCACAAGGCCAAGACUGGGUCCGUCACUUGCGAGUUUUGCCAAAAGACCUUCCGAAACACGAACUCCUUGGGCUGUCACAAGUGGCGAUUUCACAACAAGGAUUCUCGGAAGAGUCGCUCAGGUUCCGGACCCGAGCCCUCGUCCACGGUCUCCAAUGUGGAUGGAAUGACUAGCUUAGAGGGAUUUUCGAAUCCAACCCCGUCUCCCUCCCAACAAGAAGAGGGACAGAACACGUAAUAAGAAUGGAUUUCCUUAAAAAAAAAAGAAAUCCGUGUGCCUUACAACUUGUCCACCCAAAGAUGCCUUCCAGUAUCCAAUGAGUGAGGGCAAGUUGGACCAUGUUUCAUGGUGUCUUCUGGUCAAAUUCAUUAAUAUCUUCCCCGGGAAAACAAACAAUCUCGACUCGAAAUGCAAGCACGGGAGUACAUUUUCACGGUACUUUGUAGUGAGACAAAUUUGAACGUUCAAUAACUGUAAUGAUUUCCCUUCCUCACCCAGAAUGUCAAAUUCGCCCGCACACACACGUGUACACACCUCUUACAAACACGGAAACAACAACACAAAUUGCAUUUUUAUGAAGCACAACUGGUUUCUAGUUUUCGCAAUGCAAGGCGAGGACUGACAGCAAAUUUAGUCCCUAAAAUAUCAUGAAACAUCCAAAGCGACAUGCUAGUCUUACAACCUUUCGAGGCAUUAUCUAUCACAUCUCCUAUUUGAUUUUUCAUAAUAAUAAUAUUAUUGAUUUCACGUGCAUGAGAAUCCUGUAAUAUAUUCCGACAAUCAAGCAAGCAUAAACUUUAUUGUAUGAUAUACAUGAAUGCAAUAAAUAUAUUUCUGAUCAAAAGCA